UUAUGGUUCCGUUGUAAUUUACACCAACAAUUUUCUUUCCCGAAAUAAUGUUUCAACCUUCCAUCAACCUUUUUAACACAUUUGUUAAAGCAGAACCGACGGUUGGAUUUUCAAGCCGAGUUGAGGUCAUCCAUCAGUUUCCCUCCUAAAAUCUCUCUCCUUCCCCGUUUGAUUUGCUUACUUAUCUCCAUUAAUGCGUGGCUUGCCUUCUCCUGCUUCGUUUUUUGCAACACGAAGAACAGGUCCCUUACACUGUCGCUUCUUCUCCCUCGCUCCCGUCCUUUUCUUCCAUGUAGUAGAAAAUGAGGAGAACCACUUUUUUCCCCUAUCCUUAACUCUUCUUCAUCUUCAGAAUUCAAAGCUUCACCAAAACAAGGACGACGGUCUGCUUUGCUUUUUUUUUUUUAAUUUUUUUCUUUACUUGAGAUUUCUACUUUUUUUUUUCUUUACAACGAUUAACUCUGUGAAGUUCUGUUUGGAACAGAAAUGGGUUCCUAUUCGGAAAUGCCGAGUUGGCUAGAGAAGUUACUUGCGGAGAAGUUCUUCAGCCCGUGCGCGCACCACGAGGGGGUCAAGAAGAACGAGAAGAACAUCCUAUGCCUUGAUUGCUGCUUCGGCUUCUGCCCCCAUUGCAUUCUCCCUCACCGCUCCCACCGACUCCUCCAGAUUCGAAGAUAUGUGUACCACGAUGUCGUUCGGGUGGAGGAUUUGGAGAAGCUCAUCGACAUGUCAUUGGUUCAGUCCUACACGACGAACAGUUCAAAGGUGGCGUUUUUGAAACAGAGGGCGCAGAGUCGUCCCUUCCGUGGCUCCGGCAACGGAUGCCGCUCGUGUGACCGACCACUUCAAGAGAGUUUUCUGUAUUGUUCCCUUUCCUGCAAGGUGAAGAAAUUGAUGAUGAAUGACGGUGAGCUCUCAAGGCACCUGCGUAAGUGCGAGUAUCUACCGCUUUCGAUCGACGAAGACGGCCAUUUCACCCCAGAUUCUAUUCUAGAGUCCCCAGGUCCCGAUUCCUCCGGAUCCAUUGGAAGUGGCGGGGCGAAAGACUGCGUUGCUGUUGGCGGUCUCCUUUGCGCCGCCGUGAUGGAAUCCACUGCUCGACGUGGUCGGGGUUGCGCCGGCGUAGGCUUUGGGACGGUGGUUGAACCGGCCGGUUCGUUGCGUAAGAGGUGGAGGAAGAUGCCCCGUCCGAACCGGUCACCCCUAUUUUGA